UCGCUAACACAAACAAACCGCCCACUCGCCCCUCUCUGCUUCGGUCUUUCUCCCGAAUUCUCUCGCAUAAAAGCCCUCUUUCUCGUUCACUUUCCCUCCUUUUCUCUUCAACCUUUUUGGUUCCUCCCCCUUGUUUUUGAUUUCUUUAUUCCUUAUUUUAUCCAUUUUCUAGGUUUUAAGUUUCAAUUUCUUCGCGAUCUCGCCAAAGAUGAAUAAUAGCACCGAUAAAGAUCAGUUGGAUGUGUCUGAUCUCGGCUCCGCCCUCCCCGCUGCCGCCGCCGCUUUAAGCGAGGAGGACCGUGCUGGGUUAGUUAAUGCCCUCAAGGAUAAACUUCAGCAUUUGGCUGGGGAGCAUUCGGAUAUUAUGGAGACUCUCUCUCCCAAGGUUCGAAAGCGUGUGGAAUUUUUAAGAGAGCUUCAGAGCCAACAUGAUGAGCUGGAGUCAAAGUUCUUCGAAGAGAGGGCUGCACUGGAAGCUAAAUACCAGAAGCUCUAUGAACCACUCUAUACAAAGAGAUACCAAAUAGUUAAUGGUGUUCUUGAAGUUGAAGGAGUUGGUGAUGCUUCCAAGGGUGACGAGGGAGACAAAGGGACAGAAGAAAAAGGUGUUCCCAACUUCUGGUUGAUGGCGAUGAAGACUAAUGAAAUAUUGGCAGAAGAGAUUUCAGAGCGUGAUGAGGAGGCUCUAAAAUAUCUCAAGGAUAUCAAGUGGUGCAGGAUUGAUAGUCCGAAGGGUUUCAAGCUUGAGUUCUUUUUUGAUGCUAAUCCAUUUUUCAAGAACACUGUCUUGACAAAAACUUAUCACAUGAUUGAUGAUGAUGAACCUAUACUAGAGAAAGCUAUAGGGGCGGAAAUUGAAUGGUAUCCUGGCAAAUGCUUGACGCAGAAGGUUUUGAAGAAAAAGCCAAGAAAGGGGUCAAAGAACGUGAAACCUAUAACUAAGACUGAAAAUUGUGAAAGCUUUUUCAAUUUCUUCAACCCUCCGCAAGUGCCUGAGGAUGAUGACGAUAUUGAUGAGGAUACUGCUGAAGAACUCCAGAACUCAAUGGAGCAAGACUAUGAUAUUGGUUCAACAAUACGAGACAAAAUUAUUCCUCAUGCUGUGUCAUGGUUUACGGGCGAGGCUGUUCAUGGAGAUGAUUUUGAAGAUAUGGAUGAUGAUGAAGAUGACGAGGAUGAUGAGGAGGAAGACGAUGAAGAUGAGGAGGUAGAUGAAGAAGAUGAUGAGGAUAAGGUGGAUAGCAAGAAUAGAAAGAAGUCUACCAGAUCAAAGGUUAGCCGAGUGUAAGAUCACAAGGUCAGGAAGGUCAUCAGACUGAACGCCCUCCAGAAUGCAAGCAACAGUAGAUGUAAAUCCUAAAUUGCUAAGCAGUUGAAUGUGUAUCGGGAGCAGUUUUAUUGUCCUUGCUUGUUGAUAGUUUUGCUUGUAUUCAUCCUGGUGUAUUCUGAAGCCUUUUGUUUAAUUUUCCCUGUCCCCGGCAUUCCAUCUUUCCUCGUCCCCCCCCCCUCUCUCUCUCUCUCUCUCUCUCUCUCUCUUUAAGCUUCUAAAUGCUGUUGGGUUGAUCAUGGCACCUUGAGAUAUGGUUGGGAGAAUUGUGAUAUUUUCCCUUCUUAUGUAUUGGAUUUUAUGGUUUCUUAUUUCUUUCUAA